UCAAUUUGCGAAACCCUAAAUUAGGGAACAGUGGGAAAACAAGACCAGAUUACAUUUUCCUCCUUCCUUCCUUUCUCUCUCUCUCUCUCUCUCUCAUAACCGCCUCCAUUAUUUCCCCACAACUUCCCAAGCUUCACCAAAAACUGCUCUGUCUAGUUUCCUUUCUUCUUCGUCUGGUUCUGCGAUCUCCGUGUUCGUCAACACCGCGUGGUUUUUUAGUCGCUGUUAGCUUUUCGUUAUCAGGUUAUAUUUGUACUGGUUGGGUGUGAUAGCUAGACUAUACUGAGAGGAACUGUAUGAUCUUCGAAGGUUACUGAAUUUGGUAGUAGAAAAUAGGAGUGUAGCUGCACAUAUUGUAGUACUGCAAGAAGUGGUUAAAAGAUCUUCAAAAUCAUAGCAAGAUCUUGGUAAUUGCAAUUUGCCGUUAUUUAUAGACAGAGAGAACAGUAAUAUUAAGCUUGCGAAAGCUUGGAGUCAUGCCGCUAUCAGGAAAUGAAGAGACUGGGGUUAAACCCGUUACCUGGAAAUCUAGUGAUUAUAUUGCAGGUGUUCCUAUCAAGAAAAGGAGGUUCCCAAUGAUGAGACCUCCUUCACCCCCACCUGAAGAACCAUCUUUUCCCCCUUCAAAAAUGGAUUCAGUACAGAAGGAACAAUCUAGCCAAUCUCAGGGGUUGACUAUUUCAUAUGCUAGUGUUGCAACUAGUUCCGGAAUUUCUGAUGCAACCAAAGCUCCUGGGUCUGAUGAUAGAAGAGGAAGCUCUGAUGUUAAAAAUGUUAAUAUGGUCCAAGGGAAUGAUAAUACCGUUAGAGUCAAAGUUGAACAGCCUAGCCAUAGAGAUCAUUUGGGUUCUUCAGAUGACUUGCAGAGGAAAGGGAAGUUUGUGAUGGCUGAUAAUCCUGCACCCCAGAUGACUUUAGGGAGAAAUGAGUUGAAUUUGAGACCAACUCAAGCUCCUGUAUCUAGUUUAAGUAAGGAUAUUAUGCAUAGCAAACACAGAGCUGAAGUGAAAUGUAAAGAAGAGAUGCCUGCUAUUGCUGAGGGUACUGAAUUAUCAUUAGCUUUGAAGGAACGUCUUUUUCCAUCUUUGACAGGCCAAAAGAGUGAUAGUGGUGUGAGUCACCCUAGUCAGGAUAAGUCAGAACCUAUUUCCCUGAAUUUGUCUUUAAGUAAAGAGAAAAUCAGUGGUCAAUCCAAAGGUAAGGACAGAGAUUUGAAAGUCCAUGGUGCUCAGUUGCAAGCAUGUAGAGCAAACUGGGAUUUGAAUACACCAAUGGAUGCAUGGGGAGAUUCUGUUAAUGAUGCUCCAGUAUCUGUUGAUCAGAUCAGUGCAAAAGGUGGGGGACAUGCUGUUAGCUCAAUUGGGAUGGUUGAAGGUGGUGUUAGCUCAGAAAGACAGAGUAAUGUUGAGAGUCACAAAAGAACUAAUUUGACCAUGUUGUCCAAACUAGAUAGCCAGCAAUAUAAGCCCAAUGAUUCUCUUUUUUUACGCCUUAGUUCUUCUUGCUCACUGCCAAACCUGUGUCAAACACCUAGUUCAUCCAUUGCAUUUGAGUUGGAUGGGAGGACUUCUGCUGCAAACUUGCUUAGGGUGGCAGGGCCAACUAGCAAUCUGAACUUGGGUAAUCAUAUAAUCGUGAAACCAGAGCCAUUUGAUGAGAGAGUCAAACAGGAACCCAGUAGUCUGGGACCAUUAAAUAUUAGAGCAGGGAAGCAUGGAGUAGUUGAGUGUUCCACUGUUGGAGCUGUUCACUCCUCAAAUGUUAGCACCCAUAAAUUUGUUGAUCCUAGAUCCAUAAAAUCUGAACCAGCUCUUGAGCUUAAUCAAGAGACGAGCAAGUCUACCAAAGGGAAAUCAGUCCAACUGGACAAACAUGUGAUAAAUGGUCCGGAUGAUCGUCCUUUUGACAUGAAAUUGCCUGUUGCUGCAGAGAUAUCUCGCCCUGCUGGAAAGCCGUCUUGUUUGACAGAGUCAACUGGGCAGCCUUCUUGUUCAACAGAGUUGACUGUGACGCAGGAUGUGAUAAACCAUUCAGGAGACUCUAAUGGAAGGCUGCCUCACGAAGCUUGUCAAAGCAACGAGAAAGUUGCUAUAUCCCUGGGCCAUGAUAGUAAGUUAAACAACAUGCGAACGAAAGAUGACAAUGUUGAUAGUCAGAGUUGUAAAUUGAAAUUGAUGAUUGAUCCACCCCUUGAUUCUCGUGGAAGUGGUGGAACCAGUGAUGAGGAAAAGAUAGAUAUAUCAACAGAUAUGCAGGAUGAUUCUGAUGGUACUGAUUAUGAAUCAGAUGGUAAUCAUGCUAUAGAUACAGCUAUUGAGACUAAAGAAGGUGGUAAAGAUGAUGACUAUGAAGAUGGCGAGGUCAGAGAUUUACUUCUGGAUACAGCAGUCCAGGAUGAGCUCAUAAGUGAGUCAAGAGAAGUGGAGAAUGCCAACCAUGAUGGUUUUGAUAAUGGAAGGACAGAGUGUGUGGGACCUGUUGAUAUUGUUCAUCGUACUUCAUUCCAUGUUGAGGCAAAAGACAACAAAACAGACAAUCUUGCUGGAACAAGUAACAAUGAUCAUGAAGAAUCUGCUGAUAUAGAUCUUAAUAUUGAAUCUGACAAGGGCUGUGAUAAUGAUGUGUGCUUGCAAGAAGCAUCGUUUAUUGAAAAGCUAACGAGCUCUGAGGGCAUGAAAGGGUCCAUCAGCAAUGUGACAAUAGAACCACUCAAUGAUCAAUCUGGGAAGAGAGAUUCCCAGAAGUGUCAGGAUGCAGAGUUGUCCUUGGAGCAAGUCACUAUAGGAAGCCAAGGAACUGCAGUAGCUAGUGCUCAGGAUACUGAGCUGAAUGUUAAUAAAACUGAACCUGUACUGACGAGUGAUUCAACUUUGUCCAAAACUUCUGGUAGUGGUGAUAAUGCGACUAAGGAUACCAGUAAUGGAGGACAGCGGAGCCGGAUUAUAACUUUGCCUCGAUCUUUAAAUGGGUCUCCUACUAGAUCAAGAUCAAUUCCAGACCAGCCAUUUCCAUCAAGAGCUGGAAGAGAAAUUUUACCUGCUGUAACACCAGAUGACAAUAAACUACAUCCUCGAGGGAGAGGUGAAACAUAUGUUGACGAUACCUACAGAUUUCCAAGGGAGCGGUACCAAGAUCAGUCAUGGAGGAAUUCAGUGAAUUUUAGACGUGGUAGGGGGAGGAUGAAUAACCGUGGGGAUUGGAGUUCUGAUCGUUACUUUGCAGCGGAGCGUUAUUAUAAUCAAACAAAGUACCGUGUUCCAAGACAUAAAUAUGUAAAUGUAGUUUCUGACGCUGACCUCGAAUAUAAUAAUUAUAAUAUGGCUUCAGAUGGUGCAUUUGUUGGCCGUGGAGGGAGGAAGCUUUCAAAUGAUGGACCAAUUAACCACCGUAUACCCUCAAGGAGACGGUCUCCUGUUGGGGGACCUUUAAUUCAUGUGCCUCGCAGAAAUCCCAGAAAUUUUAGCCCAAGUAGAUGCAUUGGUGAAGAUACUUCAGAUUUGGUUGGCAUGAGGCAUAAUGAGAAGCUUAUGAGAGGCUUUCCUGAUGAUUCUGUAGAUCCCAUGUUCAAUCGUACCCAACCUUCAUAUGAUGGAGAUGGUCAGUUUGGACGAGGGCGAGGAAAUAGGACCUUUUCUUUUGUUCAGCAAAGAGGUAUUCGAGUUCGUUCAAAGUCUCCAAUAAGGACCAGAACUCGUUCUCCUGUGCCAUGGUCAUCUCCUAGAAGAAGAUCCCCCGAUGGAUUUGGUGGGCCUGGAGAAUUGAGCCAUCGAACACCAAAUUACAGGAUGGAGAGAUUUAGAUCCCCUGAUGGGGCAUCUUUUACUGGAGAAAUGGUGGUCAGAAGAAAUCUGCCAAAUGAUUUGAGGGAUAUGGAUACUGUAAGAGACCAUGGUCAUCAAAGGUCUGGCAUUCAUAGGAGUCCUUCUUCCCGUGUUUUACUUAGAAACAGGAGAUUUGAUGUCAUAGAUCCUCGAGAAAGGGCGGACAAUAAUGAGUUUUUUGCGGGUGGGGGGCCUAUGCAUUCUGGUCGGUUGCAUGAGCUUGGUGGGGAUGGAAAUGCUGAUGAGAGGAGAAGGUUUGGUGAGAGACGGGGACCUGUCCGUACAUUUAGGCCUCCUUAUAACAGUGCUGAUGGUGAGACAUUUCAUGUUAACACAGAGGAUGGCCCUAGGCCUUUCCGGUUCUGCCCAGAUGGUGAAACUGAGUUUCAAGAAAGAGGCAAUUUGAGAGAGAGAGAUUUUGACAGAAGGAUAAAGAACAGGCCAGGAAAUGCACCUAGAAGAAUGAGAAGCAUUGAAGAUCAGGAAGGAAAUUUCAGGGGUGAUGGACAGCCAUGGAAUGAUGGUGGUUUUGAUGAUAUCUCACGGGCGAAGAGAAAAAGGUUCUGAUUUUGCUUCUUCUAUGACCUUGGAUCCAGCAGUGUCAUUUGGAGACUAGUCUGGGACGGUGACUCAAAGAGCAGAACAAGUCAUGCAUAUCCUGGUAUGAGCCUAUGAGGGCCUUUUCCAGUUCCAAACUUGGUUUUUCCGAUUCUAUGUGAUGGAGGACUGGAUGCAAAUACAACUUACUUGAUUGUCUACCAUGUAAAUAGGUUGUACCUGGUAUUACGGUGAUUAAUUCUCCAUGAGUUCACCAUAGUGCCCAAGUUUCAUGAGCAAGUUUGUACUGUCUUAUGGUCUUGAAGCACAUCUGCAACCAAAUCUCUAAGGUUAUUCUUGUGGAGUUGGUUAUAUAAAUGCUUCCUUGGAGAUUCAUGCUUGGUGGGAACUGUUACACACUCUUAACUAUUAUUUAGACCGUAGAGCACCAGUGUACUUAUCUUUGUGACCUGAGUGAGCAGCCUGUGGACUUGGUCUAUUCCCUGCUGCUGAAAAUUGCCGUUGAACCUUGUCAUCUGAUCUACAGUGAUUGAACUCUGGCAAAGAAGCUUGCAGCUUCUGAUAUGGUUUAUAACUAUAGCUUGAGUUCUAUUUUCUUAUGGAAUAAAUGACGUUAAUCUGAAGGAAAAUAAGUGAGGCUCCAUUUUUUCUUCUGUUUCAAUCAUAACAUGUGUUAAUCAACCAAGUUCUGGGAUUGCUUCUAACCUUCUUAGUGGAUCAACUCUUGGCAUUUCUCUCCUAAAAUGUUAUUGGAAUCCUAAAGAAGUUCAUGGAUGAAUGAUACAGUGUUGGAGUAUAUUUUCUCAUGUGUUGUUUGUUUGCAUAAAGCAUGCUGUGAUUUUGUUGCAAAUAUAAUAUAGAACAACAGAAAAAGAUGCUUCUUCAUUUCCUGGGGUUGUCUGUCACUCAAAGCCCGUGUGAACUCUUCUGGUGUAAUGCCUGCUGCAUUUACUGGUUUUAUGUUGUAAUUGUUGGGGACUGGAAUCAGUUACAUGGGUAUAAUUGUUUACACUGAUGAAGACAGUUGUACCAUUUGAGCUGUAUUGUGAACUUGUACGGGGUAACUGAAACAUGUGCAUUACUGAAGCAACUACAAUAAAAACAAGUGAGUGGUGAUGGA